UAUUGUAUGUAUAUGUAUGUAUGUAUGUAUGUAUGCAUGCAUGUAUGUAUAUAUGUAUGUAUGUAUUUCUAUAUGUUUGUUUGUAUAUAUACAAGAUAACAACAAAUAAUUGAAGAACAAGGAAAUAGAGGCUGCCAAACAAAGUUAAUUAUUAUUAUAUGAAAAGAAGAGGAGGAAAAUUGAUCCAAGCACAGGAGAAGGAAAAAAAAACAGGAAGUUUAUGUUGAAAGAUUUGUUAAAUCUGAUGUGGGUGGUGAUGAGUUAAGGAUUUAAUCCUCGGAUCGAACCAAACUGGUUUUGCUCUAAGAAAUGGCAGCAGCCUCUUCAUCGACGUCGUUUUUCGGAGGAAGAUCAGAAGAAGAACAACAUGUUUCUUCUGUGCCUACAUCUUCUUCAACCAUUCAAUCAGCUGCAGCCCAACAGAAGAAGAAGAGAAGCCUUCCAGGAACUCCAAAUCCAGAUGCGGAGGUGAUAGCGUUGUCACCAAAGACUCUAAUGGCAACAAACCGGUUCAUAUGUGAAGUUUGCAACAAAGGCUUCCAAAGGGAACAAAACUUGCAACUCCACAGAAGAGGACACAACCUGCCAUGGAAGCUCAAGCAAAAGAGUAACAAAGAAGUGAAGAGGAAGGUUUAUCUGUGCCCGGAGCCUUCAUGUGUCCACCACGACCCUUCUCGUGCAUUAGGAGACCUCACUGGAAUCAAGAAACACUAUUCUAGAAAGCACGGUGAGAAGAAAUACAAGUGCGAGAAGUGUUCCAAGAAAUAUGCAGUCCAAUCCGACUGGAAAGCUCACUCGAAAACCUGUGGUACCCGUGAAUACCGAUGCGACUGUGGCACCCUCUUCUCAAGGCGGGACAGUUUUAUCACACACCGCGCUUUUUGUGAUGCACUCGCUCAAGAGAGUGCAAGGCAUCCGUCGGCCCUUGGCACUAUUGGUAGCCAUCUUUUUGGAGGCCAUCUUAGUAAUUCUAUGAAUUUAGGUCUUUCUCAAGUUGGAUCACAGAUUUCCCAGUUACAUGACCAGAACCAUCAAUCAUCUACGACAAACUUGUUAAGUCUAGGGAGUGCCAAUUUUGAACAAGUCAUGCUCCCACCAAGUCAAACAACUCUAUUCUCACAAACCCAGCAGCAACAAAUGCCGAACUCUUCAUCUCCUUUCUUUAUAUCAAAUUCAAACCAAGGGUUGAACCAUGUUUUUGAUUAUGAACAACAAAGGCAGCAACAUGGUUUAAUGGCAAACAAGCCAAAUAUUCAUGGGUUGAUGCAACUUCCUGACCUUCAUAGCAACACUACAAAAAUCUCUCCAAAUCUUUUCAACUUAGGAUUCUUCUCAGGCAGUAGUAAUCCCACCAAUGGUUUGAAAAACAGUGAGAACAAUAGCCAAAACAAUGAUACAAAUAUGUCGUCUACUGGUUUCAUGAUACCUGAUCAUCAAUUUAACAACGGAGGUGGCAGUCAUGAUCGUGUUUUCCUCAACAGCAAUAAUCCGCAUCAGGAAAAUCAAAUGCCACCCCACAUGUCUGCUACCGCUUUGCUGCAGAAGGCAGCUCAGAUGGGUUCAACCACAAGCAACAAUAAUGCCACCACACUGUUAAAAAGCUUUGGAAGCUCUUCCAAGAGCGGUGUUGGUGGUGGUGAUGGAAAAUCGCACACUGGUCGACAAACACUAUCUUCCAACUUUGAUGCUAGAGGAGACCAGGCCUUGCAAUCAGAGAUGGAGAGCGAUAAUCAGCUGCAAGGACUAAUGAAUUCUCUUAGCAGUGGUGGUGCCUCCUCAAUGUUUGGUGGGUACGGUGGGAAUCAAAAUAGAAACAUGAAUUUUGGGAACAUGAAUGAGGCUGGAAAAUUCAAUCCACAGAACUUCUCUUUAAGUGUUGGAAAUUCCAAUAGAACGACUCUAGAUUUUCUAGGUGUGGGCUACUCGCAGGUAGAGCAACAACAACAACGCCCAGCUCAUAUCAACGUAGGCUCAUUGGAUCCAGAAAUGGAUUCAUCAACUCAGGCAACUCAUAUGCGUGGUGGAUCCUCCAAACUCCAGGGGAACUGAUCGAUUAUUUUUGGUGGAUUUUUGAAAAGAAAAUCAUACGAGUUCAGAUCAGAUUCUCCAAAAGAACUUUGAACGUGCAUGUAGGAAACUUGUGAUUGUUCCAUCAGUUAUUAUUUUAAUCAGUUACAGUUGCAUUACUAAACAUGCUAAAUUAAACAUUUCC